ACAUUCUACGUCAGUCAGACUUAGUUUAGAGACGGGACCAGGGCGAGCAGUGUUUAUUGUUAGCAGUGUCUUCUAAAUUACCAAUGUAGCAAAAUUUCAAAAAAUCCGGCCUCUACUAAAAAAUUAACCAAAAACAACUUUUGAUUUCAAAGACAAUGUCUCAAUAACUUUGAAUGUGAAACUAGUAAGAAAAACCCAGAAACAAAAAAAAACUAAGGAAAUUAAUAGACAGUAAAGGAAAACAAGUAAAUUAAAAAAAAAAAAAAAAAAAAAGAGAAGAACAAAUUUGCUUAACCCAAAUUGGAAUUGAGAAGACAGUACUAACGGGUUUUAUGCACAUUUCAAUUGCCUCGUUCACCGUGGAAGUUGGGCGGUACGACAAAAUAGAGUAUUAAGUGCCCGGCGAAGCUGUACAUAGGCCCUUGGACAACACGACACUGCGGCUGCCGUUGCUGGUGCUGCUGCUGCUGCAAUCAUGUCAAGCGAGGAGAUGCUAUACGCAAAGGGCUCCAAAAUUUGGAUACCCCAUGCGGAACAGGUGUGGGAGAGCGCCUCUUUGGAGGAGAGCUAUCACAAAGGUGACACCAUAUUGAAAAUUCAAACCGAAUCGGGUGCUUUGAAAGAGAUCAAACUAAAACCGGAUGGCAGCAAUUUACCUCCGCUGCGGAACCCAGCCAUUCUGGUGGGCCAAAACGAUUUGACCACCCUAUCGUAUCUGCAUGAGCCCGGUGUGCUAUACAAUCUACGUGUACGCUUCUGUGAACGUCAGAUCAUUUAUACCUAUUGUGGCAUUAUUUUGGUUGCCAUCAAUCCAUAUGCGGAUCUACCGCUGUAUGGACCCAAUAUUAUCCGCGCCUAUCGCGGACAUGCCAUGGGCGACCUGGAGCCACACAUCUUUGCGCUGGCGGAGGAGGCCUACACCAAGCUGGAGCGUGAGAAUUGUAAUCUGAGCAUCAUCGUCAGCGGCGAAUCGGGUGCCGGCAAGACGGUCUCGGCGAAAUAUGCGAUGCGCUACUUCGCAGCCGUUGGGGGCUCGGAAUCGGAGACUCAGGUCGAGCGCAAGGUGCUGGCAUCUUCACCGAUCAUGGAGGCCUUUGGCAAUGCCAAGACGACACGCAAUGACAACAGCUCCCGUUUCGGCAAAUUCACCAAAUUGCUGUUCACCAAUCAGAUGGGCGUCAUGUACCUCCAGGGGGCCACCGUGCACACCUAUCUGCUGGAGAAGUCUCGUGUGGUGUAUCAGGCGCAGGGCGAGCGCAAUUACCAUAUUUUCUAUCAGCUCUGUGCGGCGCGUGCCAAAUAUCCAGAACUGGUGCUGGAUCAUCAGGAUAGUUAUCAGUUCUUGAACAUGGGCGGCUCACCGGACAUUGAGCGCAUCUCGGAUGCGGACCAGUUCAACGAAACCGUCCAGGCAAUGACCGUCUUGGGUUUCUCCAUUCAACAAAUUGCCGAUAUCGUGAAGAUCUUAGCUGGCAUCCUGCAUUUGGGCAACAUUGCGGUGUCCAAGAAGUACAUGGAGGGCAGCGAUGUGGAGGACUCCGAUUCUUGUGAUAUAUUUCAAAACGAUUUGCAUUUGCAAGUAACUGGCGAUCUAUUAAAAAUAAAUGCUGAGGAUUUGCGUCGCUGGCUAUUGAUGCGUAAGAUAGAGUCGGCCAAUGAAUAUGUGCUGAUACCGAACAACAAAGAGAUGGCGAUGGCGGCGCGCGAUGCGCUGGCCAAGCACAUAUACGCGAAGCUAUUUCAGUAUAUAGUCAAUGUGCUGAAUAAGAGCUUGCAUAACGGUAGCAAACAGUGCAGCUUCAUUGGCGUCCUCGAUAUCUACGGCUUCGAAACGUUCGAAGUGAACUCGUUUGAACAGUUUUGCAUAAACUAUGCGAACGAAAAGCUCCAGCAGCAAUUCAACCAGCAUGUCUUUAAGCUAGAACAGGAGGAGUACCUCAAAGAGGGUAUUACCUGGACCAUGAUCGACUUCUAUGACAAUCAGCCGUGCAUUGAUCUCAUUGAAACGCGCCUGGGUGUGCUCGAUCUGCUCGACGAGGAGUGUAGAAUGCCCAAAGGGUCAGAUGAGAGCUGGGCGGGUAAACUGGUGGAUAAGUGCAACAAAUUUCCACAUUUUGAGAAACCACGCUUUGGCACCACAAGUUUCUUUAUCAAGCACUUCUCGGAUACGGUUGAGUAUGAUGUGAAUGGAUUUCUGGAGAAGAAUCGCGAUACGGUCUCCAAGGAGCUGACAAAUGUGCUGACGCAGUCCAACAUGCAGCUGUGCAAGCAAGUGAUGAUACUCGAGGAGGUGGACACACUCGGCACGGAUGCCAACAAGAUUGCCACCACUUUGGGCGGACGUGUUGUAAUUAGUGCUAACCGAAAACAGCAACUCAAUGAGACGCGUCGAAGAGUCGUAUCAUCUAAGCAGCAUAAGAAAACUGUGGGCUCACAGUUCCAGGAGAGUCUGGCCUCGCUUAUCUCAACUUUACAUGCCACAACGCCGCAUUAUGUGCGCUGCAUUAAGCCAAAUGAUGACAAGAUCGCCUUUAAGUGGGAGACGGCCAAGAUCAUUCAGCAGCUGCGCGCCUGCGGCGUUUUGGAAACUGUUCGCAUUUCGGCUGCUGGAUUUCCAUCUCGCUGGCUUUAUCCUGAUUUCUAUAUGCGCUAUCAAUUGCUGGCGCAUCGCAGUCAAAUCGAUAAGAAUGAUAUGAAGCAAUCGUGCCGCAAUAUUGUGCUCAAAUGGAUACAGGACGAGGACAAAUAUCGCUUUGGCAAUACGCAGAUCUUCUUCAGAGCCGGACAGGUGGCCUAUUUGGAGCAGGUGCGCGCUAAUCUACGCAAGAAGUACAUCACCACGGUGCAGUCGGUGGUGCGACGGUUCAUUAAGCGACGCCGCUAUGUCAAACUGCAAAAAAUCAUCUUCGGCAUACAGCGUCAUGCACGUGGCUACAUGGCGCGUAUGCGUGCCCAGAAAUUGAGAGAGGCGCGCGCCGCUCUGAUAUUAUCGAAGUACGCACGUGGCUGGCUGUGCCGCCGUCGCUAUUUGCGACUGUGCCACUCGGUUGCCGGCAUUCAGCAGUAUGCCAGGGGCAUGCUGGCACGCAAUCGAUUCUAUGCCAUGCGGGAUUACUUCCGAGCUGUGCAGAUCCAGCGGUUCGUGCGUGGCGUGUUGGCACGUCGCGCCUAUCAGAAACGCCGGCGUAGCAUCAUCAUUUGCCAGGCUGCUGUGAGACGUUUCUUGGCCCGUCGCCAGUUCAAGCGCAUGAAGGCGGAGGCAAAGACCAUCUCCCACAUGGAGAACAAGUACAUGGGAUUGGAGAACAAGAUCAUAUCCAUGCAGCAGCGCAUCGACGAACUCAAUCGGGACAACAGCGCGCUCAAGCACAAGACCAGCGAGAUAAGCGUCCUAAAAAUGAAGCUGGAGAUGAAGAAGAACUUGGAGCAUGAGUUCAAGAAUAUCAAGGCAGCUUGCUUGGAUAAGGAUAAGCUGAUCGAGGCGCUGAAUAAGCAGCUGGAAUCGGAACGCGAUGAGAAAAUGCAGCUGCUGGAGGAGAACGGUCACUCGCAGGAGGAGUGGAGCAAACAGAAGCAAAUCUGGUGCAUGGAGAACAGAGAGUUGCGCAAGCAAGUGGACUCCAUGAUAGAAAUGGCGAAGAAUGCCGCGGGCAAUCAGCGCGAGCAUGAGGAGCGCAUGCUCACCGAGAUUGACAACAAGGAGCUGAACGAAGCCUAUCAGCGUGCCAUCAAGGACAAGGAGGUGAUCGAGAACGAAAACUACCUGCUGAAGGAGGAGCUCAGUCACUUUCAGCAGCAGCAUAACGGCAUCUCUGCCUUCAACAUGCAUCACACGCGCACCGCCAGCAAUGCCUCCAGCCAGAAUGAGGAUGAUGUUGGCUAUGGCUCUGCCAAAAAUACACUCGAAAUAAAUAGCAGAUACCCAGACUUGAGGAAUAAGAACGACUCUUUCUUGGACAAUACCAGCAUUGUGGUCAAGUUGCGCUCGAUACUCGAGGAGGAGAAGCAGAAGCACAGGAGCUUGCAGGAGCAGUAUGUUAAGCUGGCGAGCCGUAAUAAGCCCACUGAGGAUUCAUUCCGCGUGUCCGAGCUUGAGGUAGAGAACGAGAAGCUACGCAGCGACUACGAUCAGCUGCGAACGAGCAUUAAACACGGUGUUGAGAUCAACGAGCUGAAUGCCCAACAUGCUGCCCUCCAAGAGGAAGUACGUAGGCGGCGCGAGGAGUGCAUCCAAUUAAAGGCUGUGCUCCUGCAGCAGAGCCAAACGCUGCGCUCCAUCGAGCCAGAGAGCCUGCAGCUGCGUGGCAGCGAUGCCAGCAAUGUGCACGAGCUGAUGGAGGCGUUCCACUCACAGAAGCUAGUGAACAGGCAAUUGGAAUCAGAGCUGAAAGCCAUAACCGAGGAACACAACAGCAAACUGAUUGAAAUGACUCAGGCCAUUGAGCGCUUGAAUAACGAGAAGGAUGAAUUGCAAGAGGUGCUAUUCAAGAGCAUAGACGAAUCUGAUCAGGACAAUAUAGAAACACUGAAGCAGAACGAUCGAUAUUUGCGCCUGGAGCUGAAGAAGGCCAUAACACAAUAUCUGCUCGUGCAGGACGAGCUGAAGCUGGCCAAUGCCAAGCUAAAGGCCUACAGGCAGGACGGCGGCAAGCUGGAGAAUCAGCUGGAGGAGGAAAUGAGUCGCAACAAGGCGGCGAAUAAUAACAACAGCAAUGAUGUUGGCGCCAAUGUGACCAAGCAGAAGUCUCAAAAUCCGCUCGGCCUGAUGAAGUUCCACAAUAGCGACCUGGACAAGAUAUUGCAGCGUCUGCUGAGUAGCCUAACGCCUCGAACUGUUGUUGGCCUUUUACCAGGUUUUCCUGCUUAUCUGAUCUUUAUGUGUAUUCGCUAUACUGACCUGACCAAUGCCGAUGACGAUGUGCGCGAGCUAUUGAGUAAAUUUGUAAUGCAGAUCAAGAAAAUGCAUAGAACUCCACAUCCCAUUGAGAAUCGCGUAAUUUGGCUGGUUAACUCCAUAACACUCCUUAAUCUGCUGAAGCAAUACGGCGAUGUUGAGGAAUACGUCAAGUUUAAUACGGAGAAACAGAACCAGCAACAAUUGAAGAAUUUUAAUCUCUUCGAAUAUCGGCGCGUUAUUCUCGACUUGAUUGUGAAUCUAUAUCAGGCACUUGUCAUGCAGAUACAGAGUUUGCUAGAUCCCAAAAUUGUUCCAGCCAUAUUGAACAAUGAUGAGAUUCAGCGCACCCGACAUCCGCAUGGAAUGCGCAAUCGCAGUGCGGAUGCCGCGUCACCGGAUCAUGGAAAUGUGCCUGCUUGGAAGCAGCUAAUUGGCCAAUUGGAGCACUUCUACAAGCAAUUCCAGCACUUCGGACUGGACAGCAUAUAUGCUGAGCAGAUCUUCAGUCAGCUUCUCUAUUUCGUCUGUGCCGUGGCGCUCAAUUGCUUAAUGCUGCGCGGCGACAUUUGUAUGUGGGAGACUGGCAUGAUAAUACGUUAUAAUUUGGGCUGCAUUGAGGAUUGGGUACGCGACAAGAAGAUGUCGAAUGAGGUGCUCGCUCCAUUGGCCCCAUUGAAUCAAGUCUCUCAGUUGCUACAGUCGCGCAAGAGCGAGGAGGAUGUACAAACCAUAUGCGACCUGUGUACAUCGCUGAAUACCGCCCAGGUGCUGAAGGUCAUGAAGUCAUACAAACUGGAUGAUUAUGAAAGCGAAAUAACAAACGUGUUUCUGGAUAAGCUGACAGAGAAAUUGAAUGCUCGCAAAAUGCCCAAGAGCGAUGAAUUCACAAUGGACCAAAACUUCAUACAUCCGUUUAAGGUGAUGUUCAAGUACAGUGACAUCAAAUUGGAGGAGAUUGAGUUGCCGCCACAUUUAAAUCUCGAUGAAUUCCUCACGAAAAUAUAAAUUUAGUACGGGAGUCCGUGUGAAACAAAUAACGCUCGUUUGCCAUUUUGACGUGAAUUCAUCUUGUUUUGUAUUAUAUUAUAUAUGAGUCGUAUUUAAGUGUAGUCAGCAUGCAAAAGUGCAUAAUAUGUAGUUCCUGUUUAGUCUAAAGUCCAAACGAUACCCUUUUACAUUCUAUUCUUUUCCCCUUCAGACCGCCAGACUACUUUUUGCCAAUUUUGUAAACUUAUUUAUGCAGACAUUCGAAACUUGUUAAGGGUUCUCAACCAAUGAAAUUAUAAGAAAAAAAUUAAAUGUAUGUACAUCAUGUGGUUGGAGUUCAACUCCAUUAAACAGAAAAUAUCAUUCCUAAGUUGCAAUAAUUAA